AUGGAUAGUAUAAAGCAUACUGGAACAAAAUUUUGCCAGGUUAAAGACUGUAAUGAAUUCUUUGAUUUUAAUUCAAAUAUAACUCAAAAUGUUUCAAGUCACACUACAGAAAAGAAACCAUACAAAUGUAAUGCAUGUGGAAAGUCAUAUAAAAAACUCUCAUACCUUCAUAUUCAUCACAGAAUCCACAUUAGAGAGAAACCUUAUAUAUGUGAUGAAUGUGGAAAGUCUUUUGUCCAGUCCUCCACUCUUCAAUGUCACAAGAGAAUCCAUACUGGAGAAAAGCCUUAUAAAUGUGGUGAAUGUGGAAAGUGCUUUAGGAAUGGCUUAUCUCUUUGUGCUCAUCAGAGAAUCCAUACUGGAGAGAAACCUUAUAAAUGUGAUGAAUGUGGAAAAUCCUUUGGCCAAUCCUCUGAACUUAAACGUCAUAGGAGAAUCCAUACUGGAGAAAAGCCUUAUAAAUGUGAUGAAUGUGGAAAGUGCUUUAGAGUUGGCUCAUCUCUUCAUGUUCAUCAGACAAUCCAUACUGGAGAGAAACCUUAUAAAUGUAAUGAAUGUGAAAAGUCCUUUGUCCAGUCCUCCCAUCUUCAAUGUCACAAGAGAAUCCAUACUGGAGAAAAGCCUUAUAAAUGUGAUGAAUGUGGACAUUCCUUUUUCCAGUCCUCCAAUCUUCAACGUCACAAGAGAAUCCAUACUGGACAAAAGCCUUAUAAAUGUAAUGAAUGUGGAAAGUGCUUUAGGAAUGGCUCAUCUCUUUGUGCUCAUCAGAGAAUCCAUACUGGAGAGAAACCUUAUAAAUGUGAUGAAUGUGGAAUGUGCUUUAGAGAUUUCUCAUCUCUUCAUGUUCAUUACAAAAUCCAUACUGGAGAGAAACCUUAUAAAUGUGAUGAAUGUGGAAAAUCCUUUGUCCAGUCCUCCACUCUUCAAUGUCACAAGAGAAUCCAUACUGGAGAAAAGCCUUAUACAUGUGAUGAAUGUGGAAAAUCCUUUGUCCAGUCCUCCCAUCUUCAAUGUCACAAGAGAAUCCAUACUGGAGAAAAGCCUUAUAAAUGUGAUGAAUGUGGAAAGUGCUUUAGGAAUGGCUCAUCUCUUUGUGCUCAUCAGAGAAUCCAUACUGGAGAGAAACCUUAUAAAUGUGAUGAAUGUGGAAAAUCCUUUGUCCAAUCAGAUGUCUCAUCUCUUCAUGUUCAUCACAAAAUCCAUACUGGAGAGAAACCUUAUAAAUGUGAUGAAUGUGGAAAAUCCUUUGUCCAGUCCUCCACUCUUCAAUGUCACAAGAGAAUUCAUGCUGGAGAAAAGCCUUAUAAAUGUGAUGAAUGUGGAAUGUGCUUUAGAGAUGUCUCAUCUCUUCAUGUUCAUCACAAAAUCCAUACUGGAGAAAAACCUUAUAAAUGUGAUGAAUGUGGAAAGUCCUUUGUCCAGUCCUCCAAUCUUCAGUGUCAUAGGAGAAUCCAUACUGGAGAGAAACCUUAUAAG